GAGCACAUGCAGCGAGCAGGAGGCUGUGAGACUGAGGACUCUCUGAACAUUGAGGUAAAUUCCUGUGAGGUUGAACUAAACCUUAGGGUGCCUUUGGACUUUGGAGAUUGAAGAAGCUUGUUAGAGGGAAUAUCGUGUUUGGGAUUUAUCAUGACAGCAAGGAUUCAGGGAGCAGCUGGUCGGGAGAAAUCAGGACCAAAGGGACAAGUAACAGGUAAGUUACUGUGAACAGGGGAGGGGGCUUCUUUCACACUAAGUUUUUAAACUUUAAGAAAGAUAUAAGAAUAAAAAAAAGUAAAUUUGUAAAGCAUUCAUAUAGGUUUGGUCUGUACAAGACACACAUCUUUAGUUUAUCACAAUGAUACACAGUACUUCUUUUUCAUUCUGUACUGCAGAUACAAGUGUAUCAGCUGCUGAAAUGUUUAAUUAAAUAUCCAACAAUAAUGGGGUUAAAGCCAGACUAUAGUGUCCAUGGAUGGAUGACACUUACUUUUAAUAGUGCAUUUCUUCUUUUAGCUGUAUAUUUAUUGAAACCACAUUAUCAAAUGAAUGCAGGUGAUGGUCAAGUGGCCCUUAAUUUACAUAGUUAAACCCAUGCUUUUGUCAGCCAAUAGAAAUUGUAUUGUUAAUUUGUGUACAGCAUAUUUUUUUAUGUAGGUUAGCAAAAUUUAACAUUCAUCAUUAUAUUUAUACCAAAAAAAAAAUAAAGAUAAACCUGGUAUGAAGGUACUGAAGAGCUGCUUUUAUAGCCCUGAUUCCUGGUCCUGGGUCUGCAUUAAACAAAAUCAAAUAAAACAUGAUUGGCUUUAUUUUCAGCUCAGACAUUAGGGGGAAUAUGCUUGCGUUUAUUUUCUUAGAGGAGGUGUUAAGUUUUAUUAACACAGGGGAUAAUGAUUGCUACUCUUGGUUAAAGCAUAGAGAACAAAACAAUAGAAAGCAUCCAGUAGAGGCAGUGUUUGGUUUCGGAGUAAGACAACAGCUGCAGGAAUGUAGACAACACAAACCAAGUAAAUGUUAGAAAAUGAAGCUGCUGCUAAAAGAUGGUAAUAUGCUCGAAGUCAAAUAAAGCUGUUUAAAAUUAGAUAAUUUUGUUUUGUGUUUGCUAAAAGCUGCCCUUCUAGACGUUAUGCGAUGAAUUCAAUAAUUUACUGUUGUCACCAAGAAUUUGUAGAGAUUAGAUGUGUGCAGUGAUACUUUAACCUGAUGUGGAUGUGAGUUCCCAAGUAAGACUCUGACCUUUUCAUUGGGAACAUAGGUUAGGAUUAUAAACUAAAUAUCAGUAAAUGUUUGUUAAAAGGUUUUUUGUAUACAUUGUGUAAACAGAGACAAUGGACCUAAUUUAAUUCAUUACCUUCAGUCUGAACAAGAUUGGGACGUACAGUUCUGUAUCUGUUUUAUUCAAUUAAAUUAAGUCCUAAUAAACUAAAUCAUUUUAAAUUGAGUUUGUUUCAUUGACCCUGAAAUCAAACUAGAAAUAUGCAGGUGGCCAACAAGAGGCGUCAUCCUGGAAAGCAUAAAGUCUCGUGUUUUCUUUUUCCUGCUCUGUGUUUUCUAACAUGACUGAGAUGUCCUCCUUCUUCUGUGUGCUGCAGAGAUGAUAGCUCGACUCAGGAGAGCUCUGGGGCUGGUUUUGGGUAUGCUCAGUCUGUCUCUUCUGCUGGUGGUGCUGGGAGUCUAUGCAACGACCCGAACAGAGAGCCUGAAUGUAACUGGCUACAUCUCAGGAGUUAUUGUAAGUUGUUUAUUUGACCCCUGUUAUGAGUUACUGGAUGGGAUACAACGAGAGGAGAGAUCUGAAGUGAUUAGGAAAAACAUAUCUUAGAAAUGAGGGGUAUGAAUCAACCUCUUACCAGGAAAUCAGCUGGAAGUUUCAAACAACUCCAAACAACCCUCAGCAUGUGAUAUCUAUUAUGGAGCUGUACUCCUUUAGUCUCGCCAGUGUAGCCAGAAGUUCUGCUCUGCUUGUCUGCAAUCGUCUGACACAAGCAUUGUUUGAUUCACGAUUGCCUUGCACAGCUUAGACAGACACAGGAAACUUUAAAGAGAUCAUGCAUGUCCUAAAAGUUGAAUCCUCUGAAUGCAUCUAUGGUCAGACUUUAAUCAUGCACUUGUAUAGGUCUGGGCGAUAUGGAAAAAAAGGUAACCAUGGUACAUUUUUUCGAUAUCAGUCAAUAUCAAGAUAAAUCACAAUAUAAAAAAUGAAAUUUUACAGUGCUUAUUGAUAGCAUGUCUUUUGCAAUACAAUAAGCUACUGCAUCUGUGAGGUCUUUGUGUCUCUGACGUUUUGUCAUAAGGCAUUGCGCUAGAGCAGUGAUUCUCAAGUCCAGUCCUCGAGGCCCACUGUCCUGCAUGUUUUGGAUGUUUCCCUGCUCCAACACACCUGAUUCAAAUGAUCAGCUCGUUAUUAAGCUAAUACAGAGCUUGCUAACGAGCUGAUCAUUUGAAUCAGGUGUAUUGGAGCAGGGAAACAUCCAAAACAUGCAGGAGAGUGGGCCUCGAGGACUGGACUUGAGAACCACUGACCUAGAGAAAGCGGACUGAAUGGUCGACUAUUUCGGCUGCACAGACGCCAUAGGCGCCAAAGGCUCAUUUCUUGGGGGUUUUAACCUUUUGCAUUGUGCGUGCUCUGCUUUGUGUGCUGAAAAAGAUUUGAGGUAUUCCCCGACUUUUUGAGAACAUGUACUCGACAUAAUUUGCAGUGCACAUUACUCUGCUUCAUGUCAGACCUCAAAAAAACAAAAUACCUCCAUACCAUCGAUGUUUCCGUGCCAGUGUUGUCGACAAUGUUGUCAUCUGUUGAGCCUUCAUCUGCAUUUCUGCCGGGGGUAGCACUCAUUUUAUUUUUUUUCCACCGUCAGUGCUGUCGGCUUCACGUGUUAAAGUGCUAUGGUUGCGUGUAGCUGAAGCCUGCUACUACGCAGUUGUUCGCUACUUGGUUCUAAUUCAGCACAUAAUUGGUUUAGCGCGAAGCAGACCUGGAGUAACUCCCCUUUUCAUUGUCCAUUUGUAUAAUCUACCAAAAUAUGGCAGAAUGCCGACUAUCAAAAAGCAUAUUGACCCUGUUGUAUAUUGAUAUUGAGGGAAAUUAAUUUUCAAUAUCGUUAUUGUUUUAUCGCCCAGCCCUACAUUCAUGAUGAAUUGAAUGUACCCUAACCCCCUUAUGCAAUGUACCGUCAAAAAUGCCCCCACAGGGAUCUUUCAGAGGUGUCACAGCUCACCUUUAAAUGAAUUACAAGUCUGUAAUGUGUGGAACACUUAUCUUUAUCAUGCAAUGCUCUCUGCAGCUGACCCUUGGAUCAUUUCUGGGACUUCUGGGACUCUGCUUGGAAGAAAACCGCAAACAGCUGGUAUACUCUUCUGGGUUCUCUCCUUGUAUCUCUUUAUCUGACAUACAUUUAUACUCAUGCACCCCAAAACACUCACAUAAGCACACCUGGCUUCUCAUUUGAGAAGAUGUGGGUGUAUUUUGACAAAGAUAGAGAUACCAAGAUCGUAUAGUAACAAGUAAUAACUCAAUGCUAUAUCUGUGCAACCUUGACAGGCUAGAUAUUUAUUACAAUUGCAAAUACCUACAUUUUUCUCAAAUAUGAUAACUCAAACAAUCUGCAAUAUUAUGUCUUUUGUUCACUGUGUAGAGCCAUUUUAGUUGUUUGUUUGUUGCUUGUAUAUUACAUUUUCUGUGUACUGUGUGCAUGAUGAGUGUACUUAUUCUUCUAUGUUUGCUGUGCUAAUCUUUUGGUGCUGUUAACACUGCAAAUUUCCCCACGGUGGGAUAAGCGGGAAAGGUUUUUCUUCUACUAAAUGGGACUGUAGAUCAGCGGUACUUCUCCUACCUAGAUAAAAGAUGCCAAAUGGUUGAAUCAAAAACCAUAGAUUUAGGGUACAAGCACUUACAAAUAGAUUUUCUCUUACAGAGGUGCAUAAAUCUGAUUUCAGGCAUUGUGGAAUAUUUUAGCUGAAAGCAAUUUGGACAUUUUUCCACUGCUUUGUUCAUGAUUCAACUUCUAGAUAAUCAUCUUUUAAAUUGGUCUGUUAAGGCACAUAGUGUUAUUGACAAUCUCUGGUAGUGAGUGUUUGCUGAAUUAGUGAGCUAACUGCGACUGAAAGAUCUUCCAAAAACAACAAAUUCACAGCUUUCCUCUGUGGGAUUACUGUCUUGGACGGUACAGGUAGCAUUUAGAAGGAAAUUAGUACUAGAUCUAUCAUCCUGUCAUGUCAACCUUUAUUUAAAGAGCAGCCCUUCAGCUCAUGCGAAUGUUAUUUCAGCUUUUGUCUAUUUUUAAAGCAGCCCUCUGCCAAUCAAUCUGGUGAGAAACAGUAAAAAAACAAUUUUAAAAAAGCUGUAAAAGCACAGUAGGCAGAAGUGACUUAUGCAUGACUGUUUGGAGUAUGACAAAAGAAAAUUAAGGAGAUGGGGUUUGUCCUAGACCCACCCUGGUUAUUGCUGACAUAAUGGUGCAUUCCCGCGGUUAUCAUUUUGAUAGCAGAAACUUUCUCAAUAAACUCCACAUGAGUUCGUAUGUUUUAGAUGUAUUGGUUAAAUAUUUUUGGUGUGAAAGAGUUUUCUGAUCUUAAUUUUCCACAUAUUUUGUCUCAUUCUUACCCUUGAACUUUGUGGGUGCAUUGUUGGCUGCCUGUCUGUUUAAAGUUAGAGAAUAUAUGCAUACAAGUCCUUGGUCAAUGUUGUAGUCAAAGCAGAAAUGAAAGGUAUGUAAAAUACACAGUGAUUUUGACAGUACAGUUCGUAUUACCAUGACCUCGUUCUUAUUGAAGUGCUUCCAUAAACAGUUCUGGUAGAUCUUAAACACACCAGAAAAUCCCACUGUGAUCCUUUAUAAGCUACAUAUUUGUAAGAUUUAUAAUAUGUGCUUGAUGAUAAGCACUUCAAAUGUCAGAGCAGACAGAAGAUCAAUUGAAAUUUUCAGUUUCCUUCAACUUUCAGUGCACAUGGUUCUGUUUUUGGAUUAAUGAGGGACCCUUAAAGAUUUGUCUUAUCUCACCUACUGAAGCCUUUUUUUUCUGGCUUUACCUCCCUUCAGCGCCGUUUCUUUUUCCAAAGCCAGGGACAGCAUCCCACCUCCCCUUAUGAGUGAUGCCUUCCAGCUGCUGUUGUGUAGACUCCGGCUGUAAUGAUAACUUGUUGCAGGAAAGGUGUGGUAGACUGUGGCAAGCCUACAACACAGACACAGAGUCAGAUUGACAGCUCCUCAGCAGGGCAAAAAGGAGGAAAAGAGAAUAAUAUGAUAGCUUAGUUGUAAUGUAUUAAUUGUCAAUACUCAAAUACACCACCAAAGUGUUGAAAUAGAGAUAUUAGGGUUAGGGUUAGGUUUGCGUGAUCUGUGACUGUUUUCUAAUUUCUGUUUUACUUUCUUCCUCCAGUUGACAGCUGCCAUUGUGUUCCUCAGCUUUGGGAUCAUCACCUCGUUUCUGUGUGUGAUGAUUGAUGCCGUCUGUAUCGCCUCAAACAUGGUGGGUGACCUACACUGGUAGACAAUAACACUUGAGCUGACUGUACAGGAUGAUGAAACAACACAGCUAAAGUAACAAACCAUCACACUGGCUGACUGAUCCACUCUGACAUUUAUUUCAUUACAAGACUUUUGUUGUGUUAGAUAGUCUAUGGCAGAUCUCAAUCAAGUCCAUCCUUAGCUACAGCAUUGCAGUUAAGUUUUCUAUACAGUUCACAUCUCGAAGCCGGUGUUUACAUUUAUCCGUUUAUGGUGGGGUAGGCAGGAAUCCGUUAAAGAAGCAUCUUUGUUUGUGGUGUAUAUACAAAAAAACUUUUAAUAUCAGUCAAUAGCUAUUAGUUAUUGAUGACGUUUGGUAACACUAGAUAUCGCUGUGUUUCGUUAUGUCUGUGUAGUCAACAUUUUUAAAUUUUUGAGCGGCCCGCUCUUUCUGACUGUAAACAAAGCCAUUCUCCACCUCCCCUAACCUGAUUGGUUGUGAGGCAGACGCUGCUCCCUUGUGUUGUGAGGCAUGCUCCACGUCCUCCAAUAAUGUGCACGAGCCCAAACAAAGUCAGCGUGCUACAACAUUGGACAGAAAUCAACCAGAAAGUACGGAAAACACAAGCGAUAAAAUAAAGUAGAUACCAGAGACUCUGGCGGAAUAACGGGCGCUUAAAACGGAGGUAGACCAGACAAGAGCGAAGAAGCCGGGUCAACAUCAGCAUAAACGAUGGGGGACGCUUCGGGAUCUUUUGGACCCCGUAACCUUUCUGCGGUAAACCGCUUUAACAAAGUAAGCCAAGUGUCUGUAACAGAAAUAUUUCUUGUCAAACGGGACCUGCUGCAUGUCAUAGCGCCGCUAAACUGUUUAGCGCGGGUCCUGGAGUAUGUCACUUUAUCCUAGUUGUAGAAGUCCUGCAAACAUUGUGUUUGCUGGUAGUCUGUUGGCAUCUACAGUUAUACCAGUGCUUUAUACUUUCACAUUGACUGGGCCCCAUUUGUAAUUAUCAGAAGUAUUUUUCUUUAUUAUAUCUGAAUUUAAUUGGAACAAUACGAAUGAGCAGGAUCGUCUGUUUUAUGGGCGGGGCUUACUGGAGCAGAGACGGAGGGGAGAGGAAGAGCUGACCUUUAACUUCUAAACUUGUUAUUAAUAUAUAAUGUCUACUUGAAAAUAUUGUUAUAUUCCCUCUAACAUGAACAUGAUACAAAAGGAGCAGAUAACUGAACAUAGACAGAAGUUAACUGUUGUAUAUUCUCACAUGGCAAAGUAACAUCAGGUCAGAGUGACUCGUCCUCAGGCUCUGUGCCAUGAAUGGACUCCAAAUAGCAAACAUGUCUCUUUUGUGUUUGACAUUUCUCUGUUUGUCUUUGUGGAACCAAACUAUGAGAUUGUUACAGGCUGGGAUGGCUUUUUUUUUUCUUUUUUAUAACAUUUCCUAGACUUUAACUCUAUUGUUUUGUUUGAAGUACAAACUGCACAAAAUCGUUCUGGAGUCCUCUGGACAUUAAUGUGCCAACAACUGUCUAAACGUAUCCAAGAAGGAUUUUAAGGAUCACGCUGCACCCUGUUAUCCUCAACUUCAACCUUUUGAACCUGCGGAAAAGAAACAUGUGCAGGAUAAAGCAGGAUUUGAAAAAAGCCAGUAGUGCCUGUAAUUGAAUGAUUGGUUAUAUAAUAACAUUACCUGUUUGCUCACAGUACAUAAAAAGUUAUGGACAGAGGCCUUCCCAUAAAUUCUCAGAGAUACUGCAGGUGGGAUAACAUGCUUAAGUGAGUUCAAGCCUAAGAUUUGGUCAAUUUACGUUGUCGUAAAUAAUUAUCUUCAAGAGGUUUUAUAACUACAUCCAUUUUUCCGUUACAUUUGAAAUGACUAUGUUACAGUUCACUUAAUGUUAUGCAUUUUGUAAUUAUAGUGUCUAUUAAUCCUGUGCUCACCCAAAUUUUUGAACAAUUUCCAAUAUAUUUCUAAUAUAAUUAACAAGGCUGCUUUGAAAUAUACCAGAGACACAUUUCCAAGGGCUAUAAAUUAAGAUAUAUUUAAAGUUUACUGAUUUAUUACAAACAGACUCCAAACUCAACACUGUGUUCCCAUUUUGGGGUAUUUUAUGGUCCCUCUGCACACAGGAAGCCACCUGGACUGUCUUAACCCUCACAUACUGUUCGGGUCAAAUUUGACCCGUUUUGACUUUUAACAGCAGUAAAAAUACCCUAAACAUCAUUUUUUAAGCCUGAAACUUGAUGACUUUUCCUGAAGUUGCCCAGAAUACAUGAAAUUAAUUUAAAAAUAUUCAUGUGUAUUUUUGUUUAUGUGCUACAAAUUUUUCCCCUCUAAGGCUGUUAUGGGUCAAAUUUGACCCGUAUCUAUAUUUAGAUGGAUUUUAGAUCUAGCAGUGUGGGACAAGUGACAAACAGUAACAACAGUGUUCAAUAUAAGGUUUGUUGUUCAAAAAGAUAUAUUCAAAUCAUUAUGAAACUAUCAUUACCUUGACAGAAACACACACACAGACGCAUGCACACAGACACACAGUCACACAGACACACCUAGACAGAGGUCAAAAUGACCUAACCAGUCAAGAGAACUUUCUGUGAUAAGUGAGAUUGAUGUGCUUCUAAGUGAGGCACUUAUUUUAUUUUAUUCUUAACUGUUGUUUUGUGUUGUUUUUUUAUAUACAUUUUUUUUAACCAUGUCCAGAAAUAAAUAAAUAAAUAAAUAAUAAAAUAAAGCUGCAAUUUUGACCAGGAACAUACUGUGAGGGUACAGGAUUUGAACAGUAUGUGAGGGUUAAGAAUUCAGUUCAGGAUCAGUUUGGUCAUUUUAAAAUCUUUGCUUGUUAUAGUGAUUGAUUGAUGUUGUUUGCCACGAAACGGCAGUGAUAUUUCCCCUUUUUUUUCAUUUUAACUAGGACAUGCGCCCACUGACAGCGGGGAGAUGCCAGUAUUACAGCAGUGGCAACAGUUACAUCUAUGACAAUUUCUACACCUCAGUGAGUACGGAUGUGUAUGAAAAGAUUUUUAGUGUUCGUUUUCGUGAUCGUUCCCAACAUUCCUUACAAUGUAUAUGUAUGUGUUGUAUUUUCAUGUUGAAUGUCAUUUCUCAGGUGUCAUGUUGGAAUCUGAAGGAGUCCUGUAGCAUAACAGUACAGAGUGGGACCUGCUACUGCUGUGACCUGUAUGACUGUGCCAAGUGAGACAGGAGUCUUGCAAAUAUCAGCCACACUGAUUCUGAUCAAACAUGUCACUUUAUACCAGUUAGUUGUGGAUGACUGUCGCUGUUGUUUUGUUCUGCAGUGGAGGCUACCUCAGCAACUACUACGAGUUUGCCAGAGUGCAAAGCUGUGAGGAAGUUUACACUUUGUACGUUUUGAUUUGGACCCUGGCUGGUCUGAACCUCGUGGCCUUUUUCGUGGGAAUCCUCACCACAGCGGUGCUGGGCAGCAUCAAAGCUACAGUAAGACACAUGGUUACAGACACAAGCUCAGAUAAGUUGUUAUAAAAGUUAAUGUUUUUUUUUACUGCUGGAUAAAACAUUUAGUCUCUCCCUACCUGAUACAGAAAAUCAAUUCAGUUUUACAUUUUCAGUUUUGACAUCUGUUUUCAUUAACUGUUGAAAAAAAAUUAGAAAAGCUCUCCCUGAGAUAUUUAAACAUGGAUAUUUUUAUGUCCAGCUCAUUACAGACCAGUGUUUUUGCAACAAAGAAAAAAUUUAAUGAGUUUUUGCAGGAAGUUGAAGCACUAAUAUGACAGUAGUGGAAUAAAAUAAGUCUGUCAUAUAAUACAAUAAAACACCUAUUAGUUUUUUUAUUACAUUGAAUUACUUGGCAAAAGCAGCCAUAAAAAUGAAUUAAACCAGAAACAGAUCUUGUAUUAGUUUUCCUCCCAGCCAAUUUGAACUGAACUGUCUCUGGAUAGUAAACUAACCAAGAAUUUGUUCUGCUCAUAAAACCAUCAGAGGUCCUGAAUCAAAGAAGCUUUAUGCCAGACUGCCUUUAAAGCCUCCAAAAUAAAUCACAGAAAGGUAGUUUGACACAUUUGGUGAAACAGCACAAAGUUGUUGCCUUUAAAUCCUAAACAGAAUCUUUUUUUUUUUGUUUUAAAUUUGACUAAUUUCUAAGAAUUAUAUUUAUACUCUUCAGGCUGAAAAAGCCCCGCCUGCUUGACUCCACAUCUGUAUGACUUUCAACUCACAUGCACACCAGUACUUCAUCUUGUCUAAUAAAUGACUCGUUCGAUCCCACAAGGAGUUUCAAGUGUCCCAAUUAGUGUACACUCAAAGAAACUGCCUUUAUUAUCCAGCCUGCUUUCGCAUGGAUGCUUCAGUGUUUUGUUUUGUUUUAACAUGCAUACAGAGCUAAUAGGGCGUCAUGCCGCCGGACAUCAAGCUGAUCUUUAUUCAGAUAAUCGGAAACAGUUUGACUUCUGAAACACUAAACUUUUCUUUAAACAAACAAUCCAAGCUGAUGUUUCCAACCACAAGAUAUUUUAAAGUCAUGGUCGAUGUCCUGUGGCACAUUUAAUUUUAAACAGAUGGAUGGAGCGUGUUUUGUUACAUGUUGCAAUGACAUGUUACAAUGUCAUUUAGCAGAUGUUUUUAUCUGAAGUGACAUACAUUUGAGAGCAAGAACAAUACAAGGAAAGAUCUAGACAAGAAGAAACAAGAUGAGUAAGAGCCACAAAGUGCUUUAAGUCCAUUUGGACCUAGGUUUUUUUUUUUUUCUUUUGGAUGAACAUCAACAAUGAAACAACCGGUUACCAAAAUAACGACCUGUAAUCAUCACUAUCAAUUAAACUGCCUUCAUAACAAUAAUGACCAAAGUACCAAGUGCUGGGUAGAAGCAGAGCUGGAGAUGGAAGACUAUCACUGAGGACAACAGCGGAGCAUAGUCUAGUUUAGUGCAUAGCGUUCUCUAAAUAUUUGUUAUGUAAAUGACUGUCACUAAUGAAACAGUGAAUCUUUUAUUAAAUAAACUAAAAACAAAGCAUACACAUCUCUGUGUUUGAAUGAAGUACUCAAACUUACAGAAUUUUAAACUCGAUAAUUAAAUCUCUACACAAGGAAAAUCUUUCUUUUAUUCUGAUAACUCAAAAAAAAAAAGCCUUUACUUUCCCUUAGUGUGGAUCAUUGUAGGUCCAAGUCUUCUUCCUAAUCCUGCUAGUACAGGGACGAAUGACUCUAAACUCAUGUUUUAGGUGCCAACAGUUUUGACAGACUCUCCUGUGUUUUCACUCUUCCUCUUCUACCUCUUCACCAUUUUCCCUUCUCCUAAUAAUAAAAAAAGACGAUGUUAAUAUGUCUUUCACUAACCCACAUCUAUUAAAAUUUAAAACAAAAAAUUCAACUGAGAGGAAUUAUGUAACUUGAAGGGUUUAUGUUGAAUGCUACAGUCAAUCAAACUGGCUAAACUGUCCUGGUCAAGCUGCUCAAAUAGGUUAAUGACAGUCUAACUCCUCUGACUGGUUUGUUGAUGAAACAAACUUUAAGUUCUAGUUUUUGUGACAAAUUGUAUGAACAAAAAUUUUGGGAUGAUUUUCCCUUGACUGAAAUGAGCUUUCAAACAUCUCAGUGUUGUUUACAGUUAUCCAAACACAAAUUAACAUUUGUUGUAGUUUGUUUUAGACCACGCUACAGAAAAAAAUACUUUCAGAUCCAAUAUGCUGACCGACCAGCUGGAGAGUUUAAGGGUCAAAACACCCAGAAAAAGUUUGGCACCGUCUGACGACAUCAGCUUCAGGCCAAAGGCACAAGUCAUUUUUAAAGAGCGACUGUAUGUGUGGCGUCCUAAGAUGUACCAAGCAUGCACAAGCUUUAUUUUGGAAAAGACAUAUUUGUAUCACGAGACAUGGACAGUUUGUUAUGAUCUUUUGUCGUACAUAUUUUCCAUUAAUGUUGCCAAAAAGGAAAAAAAUACAAGUGAAACUCAGUGUUUACUUGAUUUCUUUAUGCAUCAAGACAUACUGUUUUUAUUUUAAUUCUGUGUGUGUGUGUGUGUGUGUGUGUGUGUGUGUGUCUCAGAGGAGUAGCUGCAGCCCUGCAACUAAGCUCCCUGAGAUCAAAACAUCUUUUCCUACAGCUCCUCUGCUGACCGAUGUCAACACACAGCCUGUCUGUCCCACCCAGUCAGUAAGCAUCAAACACACACGCACACAUACUCACACACACAAAUACAUUAACCAAAGAUAACGUUUCGUCUGGUUUCUCUCUUUUUUAUCUCUGAAAAACAUAAAUCUCCAAGACUUUGACCGAUCUCUGACACAUCCUUUAAUGUUCUCUCUGUUGACUGAUGAAAACCAUGAAGAUGGAGAAGAAGAAAAAAACUUCAAAGUUGUCUGUACAUUUUUGAUUCACAGCAGACUCUGCGUAAGCCUGAUUAUCUGUCACUGCGUAGGCACCAUAGUUACUUUAACAGGAAGAAGGAGGAAUAAAAUGCAAUUGUGUGUAACAGUGGCUCUCAGCUGGUCAAGCCAAUGGUGCACUAAGGUGCACAUUAUAUCACAAAAAACAUGUCUGACUUUUUUUGUCACAAUUUACUUGCAUGACGGACUUUUAGGUUUCAACCAAACCAGUUAAAAAAAUACAGGCAUAUAAGACACCAGCAAGUUUGUAUUCAAGUUGCUAUUUGCCUUAUUUAUGAGGUUGCACUCAUGAUGAAAAAUAGUAGUAUAGAUGCUUUGGACACAAAAACUUAUAUCGUUUCAUUCUGGGAGAAGAAUUAACUUGUAGUUAAUGUAUCAAUUCCUUAGCUAGAACCAAGAGGCAGACUGGUCUGCUCCAAAACAAGGUCAUAAAGAUGAGCGCUUACAGCUCUCUGUGGCUAUCUGACAGAUCCAGCCCAGACUAUAUAUCUUCUAACAAAUCCGAAGACAUUUGACCCUACUUAGUGCUCAAAUCUUCAAAGCUGGAUAGUCUUAACUGCUGAAAUUUACCACAUUUCAACCAUCUGUAUUAUACUUCCCCUUAUUUGAAAAUUUUUAAAAGCUUUUUCAUUGUUUAAAUCUGGAUUAAAAAACAACAGACACAAUAUUUGACAUCGUGAAGGAACACUCUUGACAUUUGUGAUGAAUCAUCCCAAACUGCAGUGAUUGCAUUUUGGUUGAGUGAUUGUGGUUAUAUUCUUGUUUUUGUCUUUCUCUCUUCUGUCCUUUCCGCUCAUAAAGGGAGCCAUGAUGUACUUCCCUCCAGAACAAGUACAACCAGCCACUCUCAGUAGUCCUUCAUCAUCUCCUCUUUACAUAGACUCCCAGUCUUCUCCUGCCGAUCUGCCUGCUUCCUUACAGAGUCCAGAACCUCUCUGCCUGAAGACCACCAUCAGUGUUUCACCGUAGAAACAGCAAAAAGCAUAAGUAGUGAGACAGACCAGGACAGAUGUUUCAUUAAUGUGAUUAUCUUUGAUGGGUUUUUGUUUUUUGUGGAGAAAAAGAUGCAUCUGUCUGGAUAUUAUGCAGAAACAUAAAGAUUCUUGUGGAGAAAAAAAACAAAAUCUGCUUUAAAGAGACAGUUCUUUGCUUAUUGUACGCAAUGAUAAAACAAAUAUAAUGUUCACAAAAGUCUUAUGUUUUAAAUUGUUUGUGUGGAAAAUGGUUUGUGAUAUAUAUAUAGUGGGCUGUGAUGUAAACUAAAACUUUAACAAGCCUCACUGAAACAUUGCACAAGAGGUGAAACCACAAGUGGAUACAUGAAAUAUGCCAAAUAAAACUAACAUAACAUGACAUUCCCAUACAUUCAAACUGUUAACCUUGUUAUUGAAUAUGUGCGCUGAUUGAUGCCCUGUGGGGUCCUUCACAUAUACUGUAUGUUUUUAAUCCAUACCACAUGUUAUGUACAUUUUUUAUAUAUUGUCCAAUAAAAUGUCCUGGACUUACUUGUGAA